UCUUCCACCAUGCCUGAGCCAGCGAAGUCCGCUCCUGCCCCGAAGAAGGGCUCCAAGAAGGCGGUGACUAAGGCGCAGAAGAAGGAUGGCAAGAAGCGCAAGCGCAGCCGCAAGGAGAGCUACUCGGUCUAYGUGUACAAGGUGCUUAAGCAGGUGCACCCCGACACCGGCAUCUCGUCCAAGGCCAUGGGCAUCAUGAACUCSUUCGUGAACGACAUCUUCGAGCGCAUCGCGGGCGAGGCCUCGCGCCUGGCGCACUACAACAAGCGCUCGACCAUCACGUCCCGGGAGAUCCAGACGGCGGUGCGCCUGCUGCUGCCCGGGGAGCUGGCCAAGCACGCCGUGUCSGAGGGCACCAAGGCGGUCACCAAGUACACCAGCGCCAAGUAAAUGCCAUGUAAGCGUCUUUGCACCUAACCCCAAAGGCUCUYUUAAGAGCCACCUACAUUUUCAAUAUCAGAACUGCAAAUGUGUCUUCUGAUCUUU